CUGAAAUAUGACAAAGUAGCACAACCCGACGUAAAAUAGGCCAAAAAUACACGACUAUGCCCCUCAAACGGAUAAGAACUAGGGGUGCAAAUAGGUGCAAUUACAUCGUUAUCACAGUGGAAGUUGAAGUUGAGGAAGAGUUUGAAUCAGAGUUAGAAGGAAGUGAAGCCAAGAUGGUGGCCAAUUAAAAUGCUCAAGCGGGAGUUGAAGAAGAACCGAGGACCAUGGGCUACUACAUGGCCCCAAGGGUGGCGGAUAUCCAACCUACCAUUUUACAUCCACUCGUGGCCGCUAACAAUUUCGAGAUCAAGCUCAGACUCGUCACAAUGAUGAAGAACAAUGAACAAUUCCAUUGUCUUAAAGAUAACUCUGUAAGGGAGCAUAUCCAGAGGUUCAUUGAGCUUGCGGAAUGUUUAAAGAUAAAUGGGGUUCCCGAAGAAGCUUUGAAGUUGAGGCUAUUCCAUUACUCUCUUGCAGGGAAUGCGCUCCGGUGGCUCAACAAUAGACCACUAUUCUCGAUCACCUUAUGGGACGACUUGCUCAACAAGUUCAUGACCCGAUAUUGUCCACCUUUCAAGAUGGCGGAGUGGUGCAAAAAGAUCACCCAUUUUGUUCAAGAGACGGAUGAAACAUUGAGCGACGCAUGGGAGAGGUUCUCCAAUUAUUUCCUCCAAUGCCCACAUCACGAUUUCGAAGAGCAAUUUUGGAAUGAGACCUUCUGCGGCGGUCUCCUCCGAGAUAACAAGAUCCUCAUUGACUCUCUAUGUCAAGGGAAAUUGAUGAAUAUGACUACACCUUAGGUGACCCAAUUGCUUGAAGAAAUGCUGACGAAAGGGUAUUAUUGGGAUUUGACGAGAAGUGGAAAGAGGAGUACGUUCUAUGGAGUCGAAUCCUCCACUUGAAGCAAAGAUCGAUCGAUUGGUUGGCGCCCUCCUUGAAGACAAUAAGCAAGGGAAGAUGUCGUUAAUGGCAUGUGAUUGGUGUUUAAGUACCAACCAUGAGAUUUCAGAGUGCCAAUUGAUGAAGGAAUCAAGCACUCUCGAGGAACAAGUGAGCUUCAUCGCCAAUGCUAGGGGCAACAACCACUAUAAGAACUCUUUUAACCUGGGGUGGCGCAAUCAUCCCAACUUUGCUUGUUCUUCUCAAGACAAUCCAAGACUCCCCAAUUUCCAAGGACCGACGGGAAAUUAUCAAACAAGACCUCUCUUCAUUCAGCAAAGACCGCUAUUCCAAGGCUCGAACUUCCAACAACCGUUCCAAAGUCAAGGUGGUCAAGGGUUCUAACCAAAGCAGUCAAAAUUGGGAUUUUGAUCGUAAAAUCGUAGGAUUUUAAGAUUUUACUUAGGGAUUCCGAUCCUGAUUUUACUAUAAAAUCGGUGGACCUUAAAAUCGUUUAAAAUUGGGAUUAAAAUCGUACCAAAAUCGAGAUUUAAAUCGUAUGAAAAUAAAAUGACAGUUUGAGCAAAUUUAAAAAAAAAGUGGAAUUGCUUCGGCGGAAAGGGCAAUGAUGGGCAUCUUCUCAUAUAUUUUUUCUAUUAAAAAACAUUUGAAAAAAAAAUAAUUAAAUUAGGGCUCGGUCAAUCCCUUUUUCUUCGUCCGGUUGAACUGAUCGGUAAAAUAGUUGCCCUAAUAUUGUACGUACGUAAGAAUUAACAUCAUUAUUAACAAUUAAUAAUUAUAUUUUUAUCAACCACUAGCAUUAAUUAUUCAAUUGGAGUUCUUUUAUUCUUAGUUUUAAAUCAUGAUUUGCAGACGAUGUUGAAAUUAACCGGGUCAAAGUACUAUUUUGAGUUAAACUACCUAGACACAAGAUGAAAAACAAGAGCUAAGCCCCAUGAGAUCUAUCCUUUCCUCGUAAACUAUUUUGAGUUAUGCAUUAAAUAACAAUUAAAUGAUGAUUAUGGAACAAUAAUUUUGAGAAUUAUCAUUUUAAAUUUUAUGUGCGUUUGUGUUAUUAAAUGUUUUACCUUCUU